ACCCAACAAAAUAAGCACAGAAAUUAAAUGUGCAACUGGCACGUUGAUUCGCGAAGGCAGGCGAAAGUUGAAUUUGUCCGAUCGUGUUUCCGUCCGAUUUGUUGACGUAGUGCGCCUGCAAGGGAUUUUACCACGCCGCAAUGCCGACAGUAGGCGUUAAAGCAGCUCUGCUGUUCGAAGCCUUGGGGAGAACAUACACCGAAGAAGAGUUCGCAGACCUGUGUUUCGAGUAUGGAUUGGAACUGGACGAAGUAACAAGCGAAAAACAGAUGCUCUCGAAAGAACAAGGCAGCGGGAAAGCUGAAGGUGCGUCGGAGGAAGUCAUCUUCCGUGUUGAAAUCCCUGCAAAUAGGUACGACUUGCUCUGUCUCGAAGGGCUCGCAAGGGCGCUGCUCAUAUUCAAAGGAAAGAUUGAACCACCCCAUUACCGAGCCCUGCAUCCAGCGGCAGAUGCUCUACAUACCCUGCACGUCAAGCCUAGUACUGCGUCAGUGCGGCCGUACGUAGUCGCUGCCAUACUGCGAGAUGUGACCUUCAACCAGGACCGGUACAACAGCUUCAUUGACCUCCAAGACAAGCUGCAUCAGAACAUUGGCAGGAGACGUACAAUUGUAUCCAUAGGAACCCACGACCUGGACACUGUCCAGGGACCUUUUGUCUAUGAUGCACGAAGCCCCAAGGACAUUCGCUUUGUGCCACUUAACGACACUGUUGAGCGCUCAGCUGAGGAAUUGAUGGAACUUUAUGCGAAAGACAGCCACCUUCGGCACUACCUACACAUCAUCAAAGACAAACCCGUGUAUCCAGUCAUUGAAGACGCCAAUGGCACUGUUCUUUCACUGCCUCCAAUUAUUAAUGGCAACCACUCCAAAAUUACAUUGUCAACACGUAAUGUGCUGAUCGAGGUGACAGCUACUGAUCUGCACAAGUCUAAAGUUGUUUUGGACACCAUGGUCACCAUGUUCAGCGAGUACUGCAAAGAGCCUUUCACCACAGAAAAGGUGCAAGUUGUCAUGCCUGAUGGGACGUCGACAUUGUAUCCUGAGCUGAAAUACUGGACACUGGAUGUAGAAACCAAGGACAUCAAUGGGCUUCUUGGACUAAGCCAGAGCGAGCAGCAGCUGUGCGACCUGUUGGGCCGGAUGAGCCUGAAGACCACAGUGGCAGAAGGAGAGAAGCUGCAUGUGGAAGUGCCCCCAACCCGUCACGACGUGCUUCACGCAGCCGAUGUUUACGAAGAUGUAGCCGUCUCAUACGGCUACGACAACCUGCCUCGCGAAAUGCCGCCCACUUGCACCGUCGGGCAGCAGCUGCCCAUCAACAAGCUCACCGAACAGCUGCGAAUGGAGAUGGCACAUGCAGGAUUCACCGAGGCAUUGACUUUUGCUUUGUGCUCAGAGCAGGACAUUGCUGAGAAGAUUCGCAAGCCCGACGGCAGCAAAAAUGCUGUGCACAUCUCGAACCCAAAGACACUCGAAUUCCAGGUGGCUAGAACUACGCUGCUUCCAGGACUAUUGAAAACACUGAAUGCGAACAAGAAAAUGCCUCUGCCCCUCAAGCUGUUUGAAAUCUCAGACGUUGUCUUAAAGGACGACAAUGAUGAAAUUGGAGCUGUGAACCAGCGCCGCCUGUGUGCCUUGUACUGUGGCAAGACGACGGGUUUCGAGAUCGUGCAUGGCCUUCUUGAUCGCACGAUGCAGUUAUUGAGUGUUCCCUUUGGCGAUGGGCCUGAACAGUACCACCUAAAGCCCAUUGAGGAUUCCACCUUCUUCCCUGGCCGAUGUGCUGAAGUCGUAGUCCGAGGCAAAGCUGUGGGAACUAUCGGCGUUCUGCAUCCCGAAGUGAUAGCAGCAUUCGACCUCAGUCUUCCGUGUUCUAUCGUAGAAAUCAACAUCGAGCCAUUUGUCUAGAUGCUCAUCGCAAGUGACCUUUGACUUUUUCUUGGUGCAAGAAUUUCUUAUGGGAACAUAAAGAUACUCUUCGUAA